AUGCCUAUUGAACUUCUGCUUUCACCGGUGAUGAGACCGGUGGUUCUCGCCAAGUCGGUUCUCUUCCACCCCCACCGUCGUUCGUCCCGGUACGUUCCCCACAUCAUCGAGCUUGAUGAGUCCAAGGCCUCCGAGUUUGCUGUGAGAAGACGGUUCGGUACCGGUUCGAAGAUCUUUGAUGUCUACGACACCAAGGCUGAGGAUUCCGGCCCACUCGGCCCAACUGAGGCCUCCAAAAGACUGUUUUGGUUUGUUAGAUCCAGAGCGGUUAAAGGUGCUUACAAGAUGUACAACUCUGAUAUUCUGGGAACUGGGCCUAAUGGCGAGGACGAGCCAUGCGCCGCUCUGAGAGCAGGUUUGAGAUCAAACAUUCUUCUCAUCAGAGCCCCAGGCGUGCCUGUGACAGAGCUUGGAUGGCACAUCAUAAACCAUAGAGUUGACGCUUUGGACGCUUACAGAAUGUUCACCCUUGCUGACGGAGCCACUUACCAGUGGACCACUGAGGGCAAGUUCUUGGAGAAGGUCCACAACGUUGGAGAGAAAGAGUCUGAGGUCCGUGAGAGAAUUGGACAGGUGAUUCCUGCUGGAGCUUCAGGAUUCACCGUCAAGGUUGACGAGUCCAAGAUUCCUAAAGAGUUGGCUUUGGCUUCCGCUUUGUGUUCGUACGUGGACCACUGGAACACCAACAUCCAUGUUGGUGGUAUCUACUACGCCAGAAAGUACUCGCACGUGAGAUGGAAGAGAGACUAG